AUGAAGAGGAGUCACCUCAACCCUCUACAUCUGGGCAAGUGGAAGAAGAACCAGUGGAACAGACCGUACGAAAAAGAGCUAAAGUGGGAGAACUUACAACCAUCUACCUCCGAAUAUGUUCAUCCCUCAAAAAUACCAAAACAUCUACCAACAGCUGUGAAAGCUCGUUUACGCAGGUUGGAAUACGAGGUUUUCGCCUCCUCCGCCUCCGGGGGGGCUGGGGUGUGUGCAUCACCGUGGUGCGUACGUAUGCUCUACGCUGAUUGGUUCCGACGCCCGGCCGUCGCGCAGGCAAAUCCGGAUUUGCGAACCAAUCAGCGCAGAGCACACGCACGCACCACGGUGACGCACGCAACACGGUGA